CCCGUCUGGCGCUGACGUCACGGUCCCGCCCGCGGCGGCGGCGGCGCGGCCGCGUCCCCGUGGCCGUGAAUGAGCGCGGGGGGCGGGAGCGGAGCGGGAGCGGGCGGGCCGCGCUCCCACCGCGCUCCCACCGCGCCGCGCCCCACAAAAGUGCGGGGCUGCCGCGGCCGGGCCCAGCGCUGCCGCUUCCCGGGCCGGAGGGGCGCGGAGCAGCCGCGGGGCCGAGCGGAGCCGCUGCCGGGGGCGCUGCGCCGCGCCGGGUUUUUUAUUUCCAAUUUCUGAUCGCAGCUGCAUUUCCCUCCCUCCGCCCCCCCGCGCCGAGGAGGAGCCCCGGCUUUAUGUGGUGCUGCCCGGGGAGCGCUCGGCGGCCGGGAAGUUCUUUGUGUCGCCGUCGCCUUCCUUUUUUUUUUUUUUUUUUUUUUUUUUUUAGUUUUUUUUUUUCUUUUUUUUUUUUUGUGUGUGUGUGUUUAAAUGUAUAACUUCAUGGGGCUGAACAGCACGGCCGUAGCUAUUCAGCCCAAUGUGUCCUGCACAUGCAACUGCAAAAGGUCUUUGUUCCAGAGCAUGGAGAUCAGCACUGAAUGUUUAGGUCGCACCUUUCCAGGUAAACUGGCGGAGUUGGAGUUUGUACAGAUAAUCAUAAUCGUGGUGGUGAUGAUGGUGAUGGUGGUGGUGAUCACGUGUCUGCUGAACCACUACAAACUCUCGGCGCGAUCCUUCAUCAGCCGGCACAGCCAGGGCAGGCGGCGAGACGAGAACCUCUCCUCAGAGGGAAGCCUGUGGCCUUCGGAAAGCACCGUGUCGGGGACCGGCAUAACCGAGCAGCAGAUCUACACCCCGCGGCCCAGCGAGCGCCUGGCAGUGCCCUCCUUCCUGCAGAGGGACCGCUUCAACCGCUUCCAGCCCACGUACCCGUACCUGCAGCACGAGAUCGACCUGCCGCCCACCAUCUCGCUGUCGGACGGCGAGGAGCCCCCGCCCUACCAGGGACCCUGCACGCUGCAGCUGCGCGACCCCGAGCAGCAGAUGGAGCUCAACAGGGAGUCCGUGCGGGCCCCCCCAAACAGAACCAUCUUCGACAGUGACUUGAUAGAUAACUCCGUGUUCGGGGGGCCGUGCCCCCCCAGCAGUAACUCUGGCAUCAGCGCCACCUGCUACGGCAGCAGUGGCAGGAUGGAGGGGCCGCCGCCGACCUACAGCGAGGUGAUCGGCCACUACCCCGGCUCCACCUUCUACCAGCACCAGCAGAACAACAACGGGAUGCCCCCCAUCUUGGAGGGCAGCAGACUCCAUCCCUCACAGAUCAAUGGCCUUGAGAGCACGACGACGACGACGACGACGACGACGGCGUGGAACAAAGAGAAAGAGAAACAAAAAGGGCACCCCUUUUAAAAAAAAAAAAAAGAAAAAAAGGAAAAAUAUUAAAAAAAAAGGCAAGAAAGUAAAUGAAACACUCUGCACUUCUCAUUAAAAGAAAAAGGAGAGAGAGAGUUGAGGAAGAUGAGCAAAGAGAAAAAAAAAGAAGCCCUUCCCCAUCUCUCCGUGUAUAAAUAUUUACUUGUUAUGUCUGGUCUGAAUGCACAAGCCUACCAAGCUUGCAAAAACAUUUCUUUAUUGAGCUGUGUCUAGACGUUUAAAAAGGAAAAAAAAAUUCAACUGUAGUCUUUUUUUUUGUUUGUUUCUAGUUGGGCUGUGUGUGAAUGCUUUUUUUUUGUUUGAUUAUUUCACUUAUCUUUAAAAACAAAAUAUUUGCACAAAAACCAUUUUGUUUAAAGAUCUGCAAUAUAAAUAUAUAAAUAUAUAUUAAAAAUAAGAGAAAGUGUAUGUGUAAGGAGCAGGAGUAUUUUUGUAUUAGAAGAGGCCUAUUCAAAAAAAAAAAAAGUUGUUUUCUGAACUAGAAGAAAAAUGGCAAUUUUUUGAGUGCCAACUCAAAAAGCAUGUAUUACAUUGUAAAAAAACAAAAAACAAAAAAAAAAUCAAAAGCAGGGGUUUAGAGUUAUUUAUAUAAAUGUUGAAAUUUUGCACUAUUUUUUAAUAUAAAUAUGUCAGUGCUUGUGUUCGUCAAAGCCUCUAUCAUGUCUACCAUGAACCUGUUAAGGGAUCUAUGUGGAAGUGAAGAACAAAGUAGCUGGAAGGGGAGGAGGAUCGCUGGAGUGGAGAUGCCAGCCCUGGGAGGAGCGGUGAGCGAGACUGCAGCUUAUGCAAAUCCUUAAUUUCCAGAGUCCCUGCGCGUGGCCGCCGACAGCCACGGCUUUUAUACAUUCCCUACAAAGCAAGAGGAGUUGGUGUGUGUCUGUCUGUCAUCCGGUAGGAUUAUUGGAGUAACAAGGUAAAAUGAAAACUCCCUGCUUCCCGCAGUCAGGAAUGACUGAAGCAGGCAAAAAUUACUUGAUUUUUUUUUUUUCUUUUUUUUUUUCCUUUUUUUUUUUUUUUUUUUUUUUUUUUUGGACAACCUCUAACUUUUUGGAGGGGAGGGUGGUGGGGGUUGAGAAUAAACUUCUGUGUCUGAAGGAACAAAAGUGUUUUUUGGUUUAUUUCUUUCCAUGUUCAACUGAAGGGCCCUGUUGGAGCCAAAGCGGUGGUUGUGGAAGUCGAUGUGAGGAACUGGUAAUGCACCCACUGGCUGCCCUUCAGCUGGGUUUAAAUGUCUCGUUGAAAGGACGAGGUGGAAAGUGUGGUGGUGGUGAACAUCAUUUUCAUUUUGUUUCAACCUCCCAAACCUCAAUUUGGGAUAAACGGGCGCAGCCGUGUCCCGCGGCGCCGCUGUCCCUGCUCGUCGCUAUUUUUGACGUUUGUUAUCCAGCUAAAGAGGCACCAGGUACAGUAGAUGGAAAUGAAUCUGCUCCUGUGUUGUGUUAAUUAAAGGCUACAAAAAUAAUGCUUAAGGCUUUAGAAGCAACCCCCCCUUACCUCUUCUGGGACGUCCUCCCCCAGGUCCCGCUGCCCUCCCGCCGGCGUUGCGCGUGGUUAAUUUCUCUUGGUUUCCCAAGCGCUUUGUCUUGCUCUGCUCUUGUUUACAUUUUCUGUCACCUCGGUGUCUGGUAGGGGCCUCACCCUCGUGGUGAAUUCGUAGGUGACUGAGUGAGUGGGUGGGAAACCUGAGAGAGCCAGGGGGAGAAGGCAAAAGGGAAAAAUCCCGUGGCGGGUCCCGUCUCUCCGAGCGCGAGGAAGGGUCGGUGGGGAGCCGCAGAGAGCGAGGAUUUUACAAGGGGGUGUGAUUUGAUUUCCUGCAGGAUGCUAUCUAGUAGAGUGACAUAAAUGAAAGAUAUAAAUGCAAUAACUAUUGUUUUUAAGCAACUUUUUUAUUACUUGAAAAAGAAAAAAACAUAACCAUGAGAACGGUUUUGAAGUUCUGACCAUUUGAACAAUAUUUAUAUAUAUUUUAAAGAAGAUGAUGAAUAGCUGAACUUGAAGUUUGAUCAUUAUUUUUUUGCUUUUUGCCUUUUUUUUUAUUUCUGCCUAGAAAUAGUCCUGUACCUUCUCAAUACUUCAAACUGCUUUUCCACAGCUCCUGAAAUCUUCAUAGUUUUACAGUCACGUAACCUAAAUUUUGAUGACCUAAAAAAAAAAAAAAAAGGAAAAAAAAAAGAAAAGCCACAAAAAAAUAAAGUAAUGCAAAGGAAUAAAUCUAGCGUGUCAUGAAAGGUACAAAACUGGUGAAUUUGUACGAGUUUUUAAAAUGUAUCUUUCCUUUAUGUAACAUGUCUAUUUAGUGCCUUAUUAAACAAACAGUGACCCUCCCUUAUUAGAGAGGGGGACACAAAAUCAUCGUUAACAUUACAAGUAACCAGCGUCUGGUCUCUUGCUCCUUUGGACCUUGCAUUCACUUUUCCAGUCCCUUUUCCCCGGAGCAGCUCCCUGUGCCUGGCCACACCUGCUGCUCCCUUGGCCGCUGCUCUGCUCCGACUGUUCUUAGGGAACUUGAACACGUUUUAUGCACAUUAUCCUACCCGGGGAGGUAGGAAUCUGUGGUGGAUAUUGUAAAUGAGAUACCAACCAAAAGAGAAAGCGAAAUAUAAUAUCUACUGCCCUCUUGAGCCAAAAUGCGUGAAUAGUGUUGUUGGGGUUGGGUGUGUUUGUUUUUUUGUUUUGUUGUUUUUUUGGGGAGGGAGGGGGGGGUGUUGUUCAGUGAUCUGAACUAGUUUUGUUUGCUAUUAAAAAAAUACGGUUACCUCAGCAGAUUUUGGGUGGAAUAUGCAUCACAUGUUUAAAACUGAGCAGUGAGUAAAGAGGUGGUGUGGGGACCAGAGGUUGUUAAGAAAUGAGAUUGUCUUGUCACAGGGUCACCAAGCAGUCACCUGGCCACCAAACCCCGUGGAAAAGUCAGGGAAGUGGGCAGGGGCUGGAUAGGCACAGAGGGGUAGUGGGAGAGGGUCUGAAGAUGCAGUGCAAUUGAACCCAGCUCUCAUGCUUGAAAGUCCUCAAAAUUUCAACCAAUUCUCUUUUCCCCCUAUUUUUUCCCUCCCUCCCCCAUCCUCUCACAGUGUGAGCUUUUAUUUGUCCAGCAUCGCCCCAAGCUCUGCGGUUGAGUGAUCAGUUUGUUGAGUUCCUGGGUCCAGUUUCAUUUACCUCUUUCUCUAGUUUGGGGAGCUGAAUGUGUGUGAAAUGGGGUGGCUCAUCAACACCAAAUUUCUGUCGCAAAUGAUGCCUUUCAGCCCAUCCAUGCACAAACCCCAAGCUGCCACCUUUCCCUGGUCUGCUGCAGCUCCAGUGGGGAGAGCCCCAGGUCCCAGGCAGUGGGUGCAGCUCCUCAGCAGAGCUCAGCUGUUAUCUUUUGUCUUUCUUCUGUCCAUCCCUCUCUUUGCAGUCCUGAGAACUGUGUAUUUCAAGUGCAGAUACCAGAUCUGGGGCCCAGAUCAACUCCAAGUUCUGAAUGGGUGUUUAGAAAUAAUGGUCUGUUCUUUUUUUUAUUAUUAUUAUUAUUGUUGUUGUUGUUAUUGUUGUUAUUAUUAUUAUUACUACUAUUUAAUGUUACUUUUUGCCUCGGGGUCCAUUUCUUCCCCAUUCCCACGUCCCGAAUUGCCACCAAGGCAGGGAAUUUGCUUUGCACACCCUUGCUGAUGCCCCAUUCCUCUGGCCUUGGUGCAGCUCAGUGGAGAGCGGUGCUAGAGUGUCCUGCAGCUGCCAGCACAGAGAUUCAGGCCCCUUAAAAGUGAUUUAUUUUUAAAGAAAUACAGAAGAAUCAAAGCAUUGCUAAUGCUUAGCAACCUCAUGUCCUAGCCUGCCUUUCUGCUCGGAGUUUUAAGUCGCGUUAGCUUUAAAAGGGGUUGUUGAUCUUACAGAGUUUCUUAGCUUACAGUACGGCAAACAGCAUCCCUAAAGUGCCCCCAAACCUCACUGGCCUGGAAAGGGAACGUGGCUUUGUUGAUUCUGGUGGGGUGGAAGGAUGGGUUUCGUUUGGGGCUGACACUGGUCAAACACGUGUUCCCUUCACAACCCUUGGUUACAGCGGUUUGAAGACUCAGCUUUACUGAUCCAGCGUGUUGUUUCCAUGAGUGUUACAAAAUUCAUUCUGUCUUAAGUGGGGUCUAAAGAAAUCCAAUUGUUUUCUGGAGAAUCACCCUUUUGUAUGUGUAUUGAAUUAUAAAAUUGCACUAACUGCUAUAUUAAGAAAAAUAAAGAAAUCAGAGCCCAAUGUUUUUCCUAAGGAUUGGGAAAAGACUGAAUCAGAUGUGUAGCAUUAACAGUGCUAGGCCAGAACAGAAUGAAUUUUAAUCUCUUCUGUCUCUGAUCAGAGAUUUUCUGUGUACAACACAAAGCUACAAAAAAAAAACCAAACAAACCAACAAAGGAAGUUUUCCAGAAACUGCGCUUCAAAUUUUUGCUGUACUAUAGAAGCUCAUGAAGGACAACAUUAAAGUCCUAAUUUGCCUGCCUUAUAGACACAUUUCAUUGUAUUAAUAUUUUCUUAAACUUCCAGUUGCAUUGUGUUGGCUUUGGAGUUUGUUAUAGGCAGUCCUGUAUCCUGAGUUCUGUUCAAUUUAAACUUAUGUAAACUAUUGACAGCACAUGCAAUGCAGUACUUAUCUAUAUUUUGCUGUUUUAGUAUGAAUAUGUACUCUGAUGCCAAUUUACAAAAAUCUGUUGUAAACGCUUCUUGUGUACCAGUAACCAAUAGUGGCAAUUAUAUGUCAUUCUAAAAGCUGCAAUACUUAUACAAUAAAUUUUACAAUACUUUGGAAAAUUUGCCUUCACCUUUUGCUUUGUUACCCAAAAAAAAAAAAAAAAAAAAAAAAAAAGAGAGAAAAAAAUCACGGUUAGUCAACACAAUGUAAUUUCAGUUAUCCUAUUUUCUUCUGGAAUGUUGGAAAAUGAAUCUGCUCAGUUUUGGAUAUUUGUGUGGGUCCCCCCUUGCUCGUUCUGAGGCACGGCCCCAGCUCUGUAUUGCCACCCGUGCUGUCCCUGUGGAGCUGGAGCUGGUUCCCGGUGCAUUUGCAUGCUCUGUGUGUGUGUGUGCACGUACAGCUCUUGCCUUUGGAGCAGAUCAGGUGCACGUACAGCUCUUGCCUUUGGAGCAGAUCAGGUGGCACAGCUCCAAGCCCAGAAGAAGCAUUCCUGGUUUGCACCACUCUGCCCAGCCCUCGCGGUCCUGCCUUUCAGCCGAGAACGUCACUGAUGGUCAGAAGGUCUUAACUUGAAUAACGUCAACCAACAAGAACUGCUCAGAUUGACUCAAAUCCUAAGCACAGAGAAUUUGUGUGACUUUUUUUUUUUUUUUCCUUUUUCCUUUCUGAAACUGUGGUCAAAUUGCAGUGAUCACAUUAAAGCGAUUGAAAA